AUUCAAUUCUCGGUUAAGCGUAUUUCACAACAAAACACCAUCAGAUAUUGAGCGAAGACACAAAAGCGGCUAAAGCGAAAUCAAUCACACUGUUCUGUUCAAAAAAAAAAUCCAAAAAAGAAUUAAAAAAAAAUAUUGUAUUCAAAAUAAAAAUAAGCAAACUAUUUGAAGUCGUUUUGAAUUUGGUGUUAACUAGUGACGAGCUCUCUAUCGCAAUGUUCAAAUUUAAACAAUUACAGAUUGUUGUUGCUGUUGUUGUCCUGAUGUCAGGGGCUCAUGCCAAGCCGGGAGAUAUUCAGGGAGCUGCCGAGACAGUAGAUGUACCACCAGAACAUCGUGCUGCCCCACCACCACAAGCUGCCCAACCUCGACCUCAAUUUCCGGGCUACAGACCGGGUGCUGUUUAUCCCGGCGCUGCUGGCGGUGUCAAUCCUCUGUUUCCAACUCUAUUCUUCCAGACACAAAACGCCUAUGUACCCUACGCCAGCACCUUCAACGCCUAUCGAGUGGAUCAUGCAGCGGCUCCAGCGGCUGUUGUCCAACAGCCACAGGAUGUUCCAGCACCUACUUUAGUUCUAAUCUAAACUCGUCCCUGCCGAAAUGUUGUCAAGUGUAAAAUUCAAAAUUUUGUUUAAUUAUUUAUUUUUGUUCGUUUUUUGUGCCUAAAAAAAUGUUGUUAUUGAAUUGCAAAAUAUUUAUACAUCCGUGAGUGAUUUUAU